AUGACUUCCUCUUUAUUUGCGACGCUGACAGCCCCCAACGGACGCUCAUUCGAGCAGCCGCUUGGACUCUUCAUCAACAAUGAAUGGCGCGCGGCAAAGUCAAACGACAGCAUUUCUGUUGUGAGCCCGAUCAACGAGCAAGAAAUCGUCAAGGUCCACGCGGCCGGUGACCAAGAUGUCGAUGACGCCGUCAAGGCAGCUCGGACAGCCUUUAAAGGCCCGUGGUCAAAGAUUAGUGGCACAGAGCGUGGUGAGCUCUUGAGGAAGCUGGCCGAUCUGGCUGAAGAGCAAACCGACACACUGGCUACGAUUGACACUUGGAACAACGGAAAGCGUUUGUCUUCGGCAAAGGGCGACGUGAGCGAGCUUACCUCGGUACUUCGCUUUUAUGCUGGAUUCGCGGAUAAGCUGUAUGGCCAGGUCAUCAACACCACAGAGGGCAAGUUUGCAUAUACCAGCCGAGAACCUAUUGGCGUGUGUGGUCAAAUCAUCCCCUGGAACUACCCUCUGGGUAUGGCGGCCUGGAAGAUGGGCCCCGCGCUGGCAGCUGGCAACACCAUUGUCUUGAAGCCAGCAGAGCAGACGCCACUGUCUGUAUUAGUCUUUGCUACCCUCAUUGAUAAGGCUGGCUUCCCUCCUGGCGUCAUCAACAUCGUUAACGGGUUCGGCCGUACUGCCGGUGCCAGCCUGGCUGGACACGUGGGGGUGGACAAGGUAGCCUUUACAGGAUCGACCAACACUGGCAGAGAGAUUAUGAAGCUCGCAGCCACAAAUCUCAAGGAAAUUACCCUCGAGACGGGCGGAAAGUCUCCGCUUAUCGUGUUUGAGGACGCCGAACUCGACAACGCCUCGAAAUGGGCUCACUACGGCAUCAUGGCGAACCAAGGACAGAUCUGCACUGCUACCAGCAGGAUCCUUGUUUACGAAAAGAUUUACGAAAAGUUCGUCGACCUUUUCGUUCAGCAGGUCAAGCAGACCUCCAAGGUGGGCGAUCCUUUCGAGGAGGGGACCUUCCAAGGUCCCCAGGUUAGCAAGGCCCAGUACGAUCGGGUCUUGUCGUACAUCGAAGAGGGCAAGAAAGAAGGUGCUACGCUUAGCUUUGGUGGAAAACCUCAUCAGGGCGUCAACGGAAAGGGAUUCUUCGUUGAGCCCGCAGUAUUCACUGAUGUCAAGGACAACAUGAAGAUCUAUCGCGAGGAAGUCUUUGGGCCUCUAGUUACCAUCAGCUCCUUCUCGACCGAGGACGAAGCCAUUGAGCGUGCUAAUGAUACUUUCUAUGGCCUCGGCGCUGCCAUCUUUACAGAAAACAUCACACGCGCACACGAAGUUGCCAAGAGGAUCGAGGCUGGAAUGGUUUGGAUCAACAGCAGCAACGACUCUGACUUCCGCAUCCCCUUUGGAGGCGUGAAGCAGAGUGGAAUUGGUAGAGAGUUGGGUGAAGCUGGCAUCACGGCUUAUACUACUGUGAAAGCUGUACAUGUCAACCUCGGCAACCGGCUGUGA